AUGUUGAAGCUGAAAAUUGUUUUCUCCGCCUUCACUAUCAUGCUCUUUGUAACCAGCUCCCCUCGCCUUCUCUCUCUAAUCAAACCUCCCCCGUUUCUCUCUCUGCAAAACCUCGGUUUCUCCCCGAAGAAUCCCUGCCUACCAACGCGAAUGGAGUCAGAAUCAUCCACAAAGCUCGUGCUUUGCGGGAAAUCGGCUGCGGAGGAUGAAUUGGCGCGGUGCUUGAAGACGAACAACGCUUUGAAGCUCCCCGAUGGAUCUCCGGUGACUGUCUGUUUGCAUUCGGAGAGUGACAGUGCUGGUAAUGAUAACGAUGACGUUUUUUGUGUGAAUUCGUACAUGAAUUCUAUCUCGACUUCUCGUUUCGGAAGGCUGCUCGUUUACUCUCCACGAUUAGCUUCCACGCAUGAUGUUGUUGCUAAUAAUUUUGGUGAAUUGCCUAUUGGCUCUGUGUGUGUUGCUGACGUGCAGCUUAAGGGCAGAGGCCGGUCGAAGAAUGUGUGGGAAUCACCAAAGGGAUGCCUUCUCUUUUCAUUCACGAUACAGAUGGAGGAUGGGAGAGUGGUUCCACUUGUGCAGUAUGUGGUUUCUUUGGCUAUGACUGAAGCAGUUAAUGAUGUCUGUCGAAGAAAUGGAAUGCCCUCUCUAGAUGUCCGGAUAAAGUGGCCAAAUGAUCUAUAUUUAGAUGGUCUUAAAGUGGGUGGCGUUUUGUGCACAUCAACGUAUAAGUCCAAAAAGUUUAAUAUCAGUGCUGGAAUCGGCUUGAAUAUUGAUAAUCAAAAACCAACGACAUGCUUGAAUGCUGCUCUGCAGAGGUUGGGAUAUGCUGCGAAUCAAUUGCAACGUGAAGAUAUCAUAUCAGCUUUCUUUAAUAAAUUCGAGGUCUUUCAUGAUAUAUUCCUCAGCCAAGGCUUUCAAGCACUGGAGAACCUCUACUACAAAACAUGGCUUCACAGUGAACAGCGAGUUAUUGUACAGGAAAAGAAUGAGAGCGAAGACCAAGUUUCUGAAAAUGUUCUCACAAUCCAGGGCUUGACACCUUCUGGAUAUUUAUUGGCUGGCACUGAUGAUGGUCAGAUAUGCGAGCUUCAUCCAGAUGGAAAUAGUUUCGAUUUCUUUCAAGGACUGGUCAGAAGGAAAUUGGCUUGAACAAGUUUCAUUCCUAUAAAGGAAAAAAGGAGGAAAUCAGCAUCUUCUCCAUGUGAAUUCAUGAAUUUUGACUCUCCUUUUUUUAUAUCUUUUUUUUCUUUUCUUGCUUUAAUUUACAUGUAACAGUUAAAUUUAAUCAUUUUACUCGGUUUUGGCAUGAUUAAAUUCGUAGGUUGGCCUGGCUUUUUUGACGAAAAAGGACAAAGCUUUGAUUUUGAAUGAUUAUUUCGAAGAAGACAUGCAACUCAACAGGAUCGACUUGGUGCUUACUUCUUUGUGUUAUUAAUUUUUAUCUGUAUAAAUGUCUCGUUUUAAUUAAGCUAUCAGUAUAUUUUAAAUUUUAAUGGCA